AUGGAGACCUUCCUCAACAUUGCGAAUGAUCACACAUGUGCAUCCCUGCAGAAGUUUGGAGCGACUCGCACGCCCGCACCCCCAUGGGUUGCGAUUCACAGGCUCCUCAUUCCACAACAGAGCCUGAGCCAGUCGGCCGACUUCUUGAUCAAAGCCUUUGGCGGUGAGGAAAUGGCGUACAAGAUUGCUGGAGGUUCCAAGUGGUGGCAAGUGCGAGCUGGCCACGGCGUGGAAGCCGAGUGGAUCGUCAUGAAGGAAGAGCACAGGCGAUCCGAGAGGGAGGAGAAGCGGCACAAGCACCAGAUGCGCCAGGAGUCCAAGAGAAGCGCUUCCCCUAAGAAGCGGGCUGAGAAUGAAGCGCCAGCCCUGCCCGAGGACGUGGAUGAGCUCGAUUCCGGCUUGAGUUCAGGAGGUGACCCUACACUGACGAUAGUUCACGGCGGAGCUUACUACUGGGGGUCAAUCAACACCCAUCGCUACACCAUCUGGCGCUUUGCGCGGAAAAUGCACGGCCGAUGUUUCGCAGUCAAUUACCGAAAAGCGCCACAGUAUCCGUUCCCAUGUGCUAUCCAGGACAUUCUCGCGGCCUACUUGUAUCUGGUGAACCCGCCCAAGGAUGCUCCUCACCGCCCAGUCGACCCAAAAGAGAUCAUCAUUGCUGGUGACUCGGCGGGCGGUGGUCUGACCUGGGCACUGCUUCAGAUCCUCCGCGAUACGCCGGGUCUGGAGCUGCCGGCGGGAGCAGUGUUGAUCAGUCCCGAUGUGAUCCCUGCCUACAGUUUCAUUCACAAACCGUCUUCACUGUGGCCUCCACCUCCGACUCAGCUCACGGCGGAGAUGCAGAACAACAUCUCAAUCAGGGUGAAGGAGGCAGUACACAAGAUGCGGCACCCGCACGCAGAGCAUGACAGCGGAAGUGACAGCGGUCUUUUCAGUACCACCAAGAAAGUGCGAAGGCAGUCAAUUCACACCAGCGAUCCCGACGCCAGUGGAAGGUUGCACGACCUGUUUGCGGAAAAGGAGAAGGAGAAGAAGAGCGGAAAGGCCAACGACAAGGGACCGCACAACCAGAUGUGCGUCAAUCCCAGCGAGAACUUUUGGCACCUCGAGCCGCGGAGCAUGGGUGCGGAGAACUCGACGCUCGCACAGGUCGGCCGCGGCAUCCAGAUGGACGUGUACAAGGAGCCGGUUGUCGUCGACACCCAGAUCCAGCUGUACUGCACGAAUGGACAGCUAUGCCAUCCUUGGAUCAGCCCUAUCCUUGGGUACCUGGGCGGACUGCCACCGCUCUACAUUCUUGCCGGGGACGAUGAAGUGCUCCGCGACGAGAUCAUUUACUCGUAA